GGCAACACAAGAGCUGCCGAGCUGGAGAGGAGCAGGAGGAGGAGGAGGAGGAGGAGGCGGCAGACGGAGGAGCACCAUGAAGAAUAUCCCCGCGAUCUAAACGGAUGGAUGGGGAAAUAACGUAGUCUUUCCUCAUUUGUUAGAGGACGAGUGGAAGGAUGGAGGAGGAGAAGCAGUUUCUCUGCGGGGUGGUGGAAGGAUUCUAUGGCAGACCUUGGUGUAUGGAUCAAAGGAAAGUUCUCUUCCAAUGGAUGCAGCGUUGGGGUUUGAACACAUACCUGUAUGGCCCAAAAGAUGACCUCAAACAUCGGUUGUUGUGGAGGGAGGUCUAUUCUCCUGAGGAGGAGGCUCAGUUGCGUACUCUGAUAGUUGAGGCGGAGUCCAGAGGCCUGAGGUUUGUUUACGCCCUCUCCCCCGGUCAGGACAUCGUCUUCUCCUCUUCCUGUGAUGUGACGCUCCUCAAACGUAAACUGAGACAGGUGUCGGACCUGGGCUGCCAGGCGUUCGCCAUUCUGUUUGAUGACAUCGAUCACUCCAUGUGUCAAGCCGACAGCGAAGCAUUUUCCUCAUUCGCCCAUGCUCAGGUUGCAGUAACCAAUGAGAUCUAUCAGUACUUGGGGGAACCGCCUGUCUUCCUGUUCUGCCCAACAGAGUACUGCGGUUCUCUGUGUUCUCCCAGUGUUUCCAAGUCUUCCUACCUCCAAACUGUUGGAGAGGACCUGCUGCCUGACAUAACAGUGAUAUGGACAGGCAGUAAAGUCAUCUCCAAGAAACUGUCUGCGGACUGUCUGGUCGAAGUGGAGUCUGUCCUCCAGCGCCCCCCGCUCAUCUGGGACAACCUGCACGCCAAUGACUAUGACUCCAGACGCCUCUUCCUGGGACCAUUUAAGGGCCGAGACCCGCAGCUCAGAAGCUACCUGAGGGGCCUGCUGCUCAACCCCAACUGCGAGUUUGAAGCCAACUACAUCCCACUACAUACGCUGGGAAGCUGGUACAGAGCUGGGAAAGAGGAAAUGAAAGCAGAGGAGUACGAGUACUGUCCAGACAGAGCUCUUUCUGCUGCACUGCAUGACUGGAUGGAGGAACUCAACCAACCAUUACAAGCAGGCCGGCAGGGCAGGCAGGCUGAGCAGCGAUGCUCUGCCGUGAUGUCUCGCUCCAAAACUCCUGACAGAUCAGACUGCCCUGCAUCCUUCAGAGGAACCUCAGCUGUGGCUAAACCCCUUCCCGUCUUCCCCUUGAACUCCAGCUCACCACCUUCCUCACCCACUAAAGCCAAGGGCGACAGAAAGGACAAGAAGAAGAGGUCAAACCAAUCUGGUCAACCCAACCACCAGUCUUCAGAAUCCAGACCUGGAACACCUUCAAGUGGAAGCCGGGGGCAGAAGGGCCAAGGUCGCGGCCUGUGCGGUGGGAAGAGUUUACUGAGUGAGUCCCAGGUGCAGCUGCUUGUUGGCCUUCACUAUUUGCCCCACGAACAUGGCCUAUCAGCCGAGAAAUUGCUCCAGGAUCUGACCUGGCUAAAAACAAACUGUCAUGUGGUCAGCGCCAACAGCAAGAAGGUACCAGCUGAGAAGGUGGAGGAGUGGCGGGGCCGGGCCUCCAGGUUCCUGUCCUUGUGUGAAGACAUAGCGCAGCUCCACUGCAGCGUGGUGGGUGGCACCAACAGGGCUGUGCUCUAUGACCUUUACCCCUAUGUGUGGGACCUGAGGAACAUGGCACUAGUGGCAAAGGCCUUUAUAUGUUGGCUGGAUGGGCGAGUCUUGAAUGAUGGCUCCACUCUGCCUUCCUGGAGAAACUGCUUCCAGUGGUGUGGAAAAUCGACGGGGCCAGACCUGCUGGGAGUCGAGUCAGAGCCAUGGGUGUUCAAAGGGGGUGUGUCUGGGGAGGUGCAGAUGCUUCUCCCAACAGGUGGCAGUAGUGAACUCUUCACUCACCCACCUCCUCUCUUCCCGACCUCUCGUCUGUACAACAUCAGGCCUUACCACAGCAAAGACAAGUUGGAAUUGUAUCGGCUGGUGCGUCAACUCCACCUGAGGAGUCAGGGUGGUCCAGAGACAAGUGCUGCUCACCCCGAUGUCAUAGGAGACAGGUGUCUGGGACCUUGCUUGGCACUGUGCCCAGAGUACAGCUUCAUUCUGGAGGAUGAGUUGGGCGUCUGUGGGUGUGUCUUGGGUAUCUUGGAUGUUCGGUCCUUUGCCAAGCGCUGCCAAGCUACCUGGAUGCCGGCCAUGAGGGACAAGUACCCACCUAAAGGGGGUAGCACACACUCCAACACAGAGAAUUUGCUGCAGCUGAUGGAGGAGGACCAGGGAGAGUACCCAGACUCGCUCCUCUAUCACUUUCCAUCCCAGGUGCGACUGGAUGCCCUGCCCGAACUUGUGGACAUUAGUGUCAGCCGCACUUUGCUCACUGCCAUCCUUACCGCACUCAAGGCCAACGGUUCUCCGGGUGUGUUCUGCGAGGUGCAGCCAACCGAUCAUCAGAGGCUGGAGUUCCUGACAAAACUGGGCUUCCUGGAGAUCCUCAGAGGAGAAGCCAGGAGCAGAGAGGGAGUGGUGCUGGGGAGGCUGCUCUGACUGCACACACACACACACACACACAGAAUGUUAGAAAAUCUGUAGAGAAGCAGGCUCUGAAAAACUGUGCAAUAGUAAUGGGGAGAAUCUCAGAUUUGUGGGGGAUUUAAAAGUAAAGUUUAAAACUAUUCCAGAGCUGUACUAAUCCUUCUUGGAUUUGCCGGCAAAGGAUUUCAGGAUUUUGUCCGAUUUUAGCAAAAGAAGCCAAGAAAAGAAGUUGAGAUGCGAGCAUGAUUUCAGAUAGUACAGGAUUAUUGAGGUUUCCCAAAAAUCACAAUGUCACAAUAAAAAAGAAUCAAGUCCCAUUUAGUUCCUGAAGCAUUUUGGUGCCCGUGUUUAUUUCCGAAUAUCACAACCCCCAGGAUGGAAUGCCACUCCGAUUAUUGUGCAUGUGGAGUGAUCUAUGCCUCGGUGGGUGGGGCGGACAUGAUUAACUCACUUGAGGUUAACUCAGGUGUGCUGUGAUGAUGCAGUUCCCAGUUGGGAUAUUGCCCUCAUUGAAACUAUGAAGAGACUGGAAGCACAGCUGAGCAUACAGACUAUUUAGGUAGGAAAGAUAAUGUAGACCAAAAACAUUUUCCAUGUUAAGACAGCAGAAUAUGAAAACAGAAGAAAUUUAAGGUGGUAUAACAUCAAACUGUCAAGUAUCCCUGUGACUGAAGAGUCUCAUAAGACCACC